AUGGCGACUACUUCGAACAUGUUCCUGUACUCGCUGACGGUCCAGCCGCCGAAUAAUGUUGUGGCGGCAGUCCUGGGCCAGUUCGCAGGCACCAAGGAGCAGCUCAUCAUAACAGGUGCUGGCUCACAACUGACCUUAUUGCGACCGGAUCCGUCUCUUGGCAAGGUGACAACGAUUUUAUCCCAUGACGUCUUUGGAAUAAUUCGAUCUCUUGCGGCUUUCCGCUUGGCGGGUAGCAAUAAAGACUAUUUGAUUAUCGCGUCUGAUUCUGGCAGGAUCACGAUUGUCGAAUACUUGCCAGCCCAGAACCGGUUCAGCAGACUACAUCUCGAAACGUACGGCAAGUCCGGGGUCAGACGCGUGAUUCCAGGAGAAUAUCUUGCGUGCGAUCCCAAGGGACGAGCAUGCCUUAUUGCUGCCACCGAGAAGAACAAGCUAGUCUACGUUCUGAACCGAAGUGCACAAGCUGAGCUGACAAUCUCCUCGCCCCUCGAAGCGCACAAACCUGGCGUGCUGGUUAUUUCCAUGGUGGCUUUGGAUGUUGGAUAUGCUAAUCCUGUCUUUGCCGCUCUGGAAAUUGACUACUCUGAGGCCGAUCAAGACUCCAGUGGUCAGGCGGUGGAAGAAGUCGAGACACAGCUUGUUUACUACGAACUGGAUCUUGGCCUUAAUCACGUUGUAAGGAAAUGGUCGGAACCCGUUGACCCUUCUGCCACUCUCCUGUUCCAGGUUCCAGGAGGCAAUGAUGGGCCUAGUGGAGUGCUCGUUUGUGGCGAAGAGAGCAUUACGUACAGGCAUUCAAACCAGGACGCGUUUCGUGUGCCAAUUCCUCGGAGAAAGGGAGCGACCGAGGACCCUUCUCGAAAACGCACAAUUGUGUGUGGUGUGAUGCAUAAAUUAAAAGGCAGCGCUGGCGCCUUUUUCUUUCUUUUGCAGUCCGAGGAUGGCGAUCUGUUCAAAGUUACCAUCGAUAUGGUUGAGGAUGAGGAAGGCAACCCGACUGGUGAAGUAAAAAGACUCAAGAUUAAGUACUUUGAUACUGUACCAGUCGCCACCAGUCUCUGCAUUCUAAAGAGUGGUUUUCUUUACAUUGCCAGUCAGUUCGGCAACUUUUCCUUCUACCAAUUCGAAAAACUUGGUGAUGACGACGAGGAACUGGAGUUUAUCAGCGAUGAUUUUCCUGUUGACCCGCAUGCUUCAUACGAUCCCGUUUAUUUCCACCCUCGGCCUGCCGAAAACCUGGCCCUUGUUGAGAGCAUUCCGUCAAUGAAUCCAUUGCUAGACUGUCAAGUUGAAAACUUGACGGGUGAGGAUGCGCCACAGAUUUAUACUGUCUGUGGCAAUGGAGCACGAAGCACUUUCAGAAUGCUCAGACAUGGUUUAGAGGUAAACGAGAUCGUGGCUUCAGAGUUACCCGGUAUUCCGUCUGCAGUGUGGACGUUGAAACUCAAUCGAGGUGAACAGUUCGACGCUUACAUCGUCUUGUCUUUCACGAAUGGAACUCUUGUGCUGAGUAUCGGAGAAACCGUUGAAGAAGUUAGCGAUUCUGGCUUCUCUACGAGCGUUCCUACACUAGCAGCGCAAUUACUAGGAGACGACGGCCUUAUUCAGGUUCAUCCCAAGGGAAUUCGACAUAUCCGCAAUGGGAAGGUUAACGAGUGGGAUGCUCCACAGCACAGAUCUAUUGUGGCAGCCUCAACGAAUGCUCAUCAAGUUGCCAUUGCACUCAGCUCAGGCGAAAUUGUGUAUUUCGAGAUGGAUUCUGACGGAUCUCUGGCGGAAUACGAUGAGAAGAAGGAGAUGUCUGGUACUGUCACUUGUCUUAGCUUGGGUGAAGUCCCAGAAGGAAGGGUACGCAGCUCAUUUCUGGCCGUCGGCUGUGAUGACUGCACAGUUCGAAUCCUGAGCCUUGAUCCUGAGUCAACCCUUGAAAGCAAGUCAGUCCAGGCCUUGACAGCUGCACCAUCAUCAUUGGCCAUUAUCGCCAUGGAUGAUUCGGCGUCAGGAGGCUCCACGCUUUAUCUUCAUAUCGGCUUGCACUCCGGUGUCUACCUGCGAACCGUUCUUGACGAGGUCACAGGUGAACUGACCGACACGAGACAAAAGUUCUUGGGGCCAAAGCAAGUGCGACUUUUCCAAGUUACUGUACAAGGAACGACUUGCGUUCUAGGCCUUAGCUCAAGACCUUGGCUGGGUUAUUCCGAUCCAAUUACCAAAGGAUUCGUCGUCACCCCUCUCAACUAUGUCGAUCUUGAAUGGGGGUGGAACUUUAGUAGCGAGCAGUGCGAGGAGGGCGUUGUCGGUAUUCAGGGCCAAUCUCUGAGGAUCUUCUCUAUCGACCGAUUAGGCGAUACUUUGACGCAAAAAGCUGUCUCUCUGACGUACACACCGAAGAAGCUUAUCAAGCAUCCACAGCAACCCCUCUUCUACACUAUUGAAAGCGAUAAUAAUACGCUCCCACCCGAUCUGCGAGCUCAGUUGCUUGCUGACCCAUCCGUGGUUAAUGGUGAUUCGACAAUUUUACCACCAGAGGAUUUUGGCUACCCCAAAGGCAAUCGCCGAUGGGCAUCUUGCAUCAACGUGAUUGACCCGGUUUCUGACGAGCCUCAAGUUCUGCAGACUGUUGAUUUAGAAAAUAAUGAGGCAGCUGUUAGCGCGGCUGUGGUUCCGUUUGCAAGUCAAGAUAACGAAAGUUUUCUCAUCGUCGGUACGGGUAAAGACAUUGUGGUAAAUCCACGAAGCUUUUCAGAAGCCUAUAUUUACGUGUAUCGCUUCCAAGAUGAGGGAAGAGAGCUUGAAUUUAUACACAAGACCAAAAUCGAAGAACCCCCUCUGGCGUUGAUACCAUUCCAAGGCAAACUUCUUGCUGGAGUUGGGAAGACUCUCCGAGUGUACGAUCUUGGCAUGCGACAAAUGCUGCGAAAGGCACAAGCAGAAGUUGCCCCUCAGCAAAUUGUGACACUGAACGCCCAGGGCAGCAGAAUUAUUGUCGGCGAUGUGCAACAAGGCGUCACAUAUGUGACCUACAAACCAACCACCAACAAGCUCAUACCUUUUGCGGACGAUACGACUGCACGAUGGACAACCUGUACGGCAAUGGUUGACUAUGAAUCGGUGGCUGGGGGAGAUAAAUUUGGCAAUAUGUUCAUCGUUCGUUGCCCUCCAAAGGCAAGUGAGGAGGCUGACGAAGAGCAAUCUGGCCUUCACUUGAUGAACGCCAGGGAUUACCUUCACGGGACCUCUCAGCGUCUCGAUUUAAUGUGUCACUUUUACGCACAAGAUAUUCCUACUAGCAUGGCAAAAACUAGCCUUGUUGUUGGUGGACAAGAGGUGUUAUUAUGGAGCGGUCUUAUGGGCACCAUUGGUGUGUUUAUACCUCUCAUAAGUCGAGAGGAUGCGGACUUCUUCCAAAGUCUUGAAUCACAUCUGCGGACCGAGGACCCACCCUUGGCUGGAAGAGACCAUCUUAUGUAUCGAUCAUACUACGCUCCUGUGAAGGGCAUUAUUGACGGAGAUCUCUGUGAACGAUAUACCUUGCUUCCCAACGACAAGAAGCAAAUGAUUGCCGGCGAACUGGACCGAUCAGUCCGAGAAAUUGAAAGGAAAAUAUCUGAUAUCCGUACUAGAUCCGCCUUUUAA